AUGGCAUCGGAAUUCUGGUCAGGACCUCCGAAAUUUCCACUCUUCGGAGUCCUCGGAUGUACGAGUGCCAUUGUUUUCACGAGCGUCGGGGCAGCCUACGGAACUGCCAAGGCUGGGGUGGGCGUUUGUUCCUCCGGUGUCUUGCGGCCGGACUUGAUCGUCAAAAACAUUGUGCCCAUCGUUAUGGCCGGAAUCCUUGGCAUCUACGGCCUAGUGGUUUCGGUGCUGAUUGCCAACAACCUCGCACAGGAGAUCACUCUGUACACGAGUCUGCUUCAGCUGGGCGCCGGCCUGGCGGUUGGGCUCUGUGGGCUGGCUGCUGGAUUUACAAUUGGGAUUGUCGGUGAUGCAGGGGUGAGAGGGACCGCGCAGCAGUCGAGACUCUAUGUGGGCAUGAUCCUUAUCCUAAUCUUUGCUGAGGUCUUGGGAUUGUACGGCCUGAUUGUCGCACUUCUUAUGAACUCCAGGGCCAGCGUUAUUGACUUCCAGUGCAGUAGCUGA